AUGCUGUAUCAGGAGCCCUCUCCAGUCCAGACUAACCUGACCAGCGCUAGGCACCCACUGAGCCUGGGCCUGAAGGAUGCAAUGGGCCUGGCAGCCAAUGCAAGCUGCCUGCAGCAGAGUAACGUGCAGCCCCGGGCCUUGGGUCUCCAGCAGAGCAACCUGAGAUUCAGUGACCUCAGCAGCCCUGCCUCCCAGGGAGGCUUCCGGUCCCACAGGCCAUCCAGGGCAAAUCCCCUUCCCAGAGGACCAACGGCUGGUCUGUGUCCUGGCCGAGGGUGGUCCCAGCUACAGGCCACAGACACCCUCUGGCCAGGCUAUAGGCCUGCUGCUGGCUGUACCCCACUCCGUGAGCGUCCCAGGCCAGGCUGCAGAUGGAGGUGUGGCCAGCAGAGUGAACCCUCUAGGCUCAUUGGGGAACCCCUCACGCUGAAGGACCUGUCUGGCCCUGCUCAGGCCCAGGCCCCAUCAUGUGCUGCUGUUUCCCAGCUGCUGGCCUCCGUGCAACACCUGGAGCGCCAUGCAGCCUGUCUCAGACGCCCAGCAUCCCUGGAGUCCCCAGGCACUGCACGGAGAGAUGCCCAGGGCUACAGUGGCUGGGGACUCCCUGACCACCCCCAGCCUGGCCAACCUGCCCUGACUUCUUGGGAUAAGAGCUGGCAGCUGCUGUGCAGGUGUUUCCAAGCCUGGCAGCAUUUGGCGCAAGAACGGGGGAUGGCGGCAGUGACAUUGGCAGUGGCACUGGUCCGCCGGCAGCUGUUGCAGAAAGGCCUGCGGGCACUGCGCUGGGCACUGCAGCUGCGAAGUGUCCAGCUGGAGGCCGCGGGGCAGCGGCACAGGAAGGCCCUGCUAGCCCGGAGCUUCCAAGAGUGGAGAAGCCUGGCCCUGCAACGGCCACGUCCAAGUUGCGUCAGGAGCAGCGGCCACAUGCAGGCGAGGUCAGGCUCAUGCCCUCCUGGAAAAGGCCAGGGCCACAGCCGCUGCCUGGGAGGACAGCCAGUGGUGGAACCCAGCUGGAGAAGCAGCCCAGGGAGCCUGCAGAAGGAGACAGGAGCCUGGCGUACUGUGACGGGCCCUGGGCAGAGACCAGAUGACAGGGACAGCACAGCCCAGGUCCCUCAGGCCCUGCGACCGCUGACAGUUUUCCUCCUGUGCUGUCAUCAGAAGCAGUGGCCCAUGCAGAGGAGGACGGUCCCAGGAGAGGCCACACAGAGGACUCCAAGCAACCGGGGACGCCCCCAGACCUGGCGUGGUCACUCUCUUGCCGGUGCAGACUCGCCUGGAGGGGCCUCUGUGGACCCCAAGCACCAGAGAGCCUGGCUGUGCAGGUGCUUUGGAGCAUGGCGGAAGUUUGUGCAAAGAGGGGCCCAGUACCGAAGCUGCCUGGCUGACCACCGGACAGGGAUCCUAAGGGUGUGUCUGCAACAGUGGGUCUGGAUGAAGCAGCUCCGGGCCUCGGAUGGUGUGAAGGUGACCCUGCUGUCCCUCUGCCAGCAGGAGGCAGGGAACUCAGCCUUCUGCAUCCCAGCCCCAGGAGCCUCUACUUCCAGGGUCCUAGGGGAGGGGGCUCUGCCCCAGAGGCUGCUCUCUGGGCGAGACCCAGUCUCACUGCAGGAAGCCUGCCGGAGACUGGCCCUCCAGCGGGCACUGCUGCUCUGGAAGACACCGGUGACCCAGCGCCAGCAGGCUGACGCCCCUGCCCUCCUGGUGGGCUUUCCACGAGCAGCUGGACAGCAGCGGCAGGGGCAGUGCCUUCUGCUGUGGUGGGUGCGGGCCCAGCAGUCUCGGGGUGCAGCAAGGUGGUGCCGACACACCCUUCAGAGGCGCGUCCUCCUUGGCUGGAGCCACUGGGCAGCAGCCCAAGGGGCCAGGAGAGAACAGGCUGCCCGCCAGGCCUGUGCACGGAGCUGCAGGGCCACACUGGGUCUGUGGCGGCGACGGCUAGUGCAGCAGCAAAAGGCCGAACGGCAGGCUGAGAAGCUGGACUCGGUGCUGGUGCGAAGGGCCCUGUGCUGUUGGCGUGCCUGCUGUCAGAGUGAGUUGAGACCCGCCCGGGGCAGGGGAACCACCGUGGACAGAGGGCCAGGGUCUGUUGGGGAGACCCCAUGCUUCGUGUUCCAGGGACAGCAGCAACUGCGUGAGUGGUACCAGAGGCGUGAGCGGCACCACCAGCGGAGCCUACGCAGGGUCGCAUUCCAGGGCUGGCGGCAGGUGGCCGCUCAGCAGAGAUGCUUGCGGAGCCACUUCCAGGCCUGGUGUGAGGCUGUGCAGGGCACCAGUGUGCUCCAGGCCCAGUGGCGAGCCUUCCAGGAUGGCCUGCAGAGGACAAUGCUGCGGGCUGCCUUUGCCACAUGGCAGGAAGCCUGGGCAGCUGCACUCCACAUGUGCAUCCAGCAUCAGCCCAUGGUGCAGGCCUCCACGGCCUGCUGGAGAAGCCUUGGGCAGUGGGGCUGGGCAGAGAGGCAGCUGCCAGGGACCCAGCCACAGCAGGCCCUUGGAGCAUGGCGACAGGCCCUGGGCUGGUGCCGUGAGACUCAACAGCAGGCGGAAGGGAGAACGGGGGCCCAAAGCCAGGUGGCCCUGCAUUGGAUCCCAUGGGUGUGUACGCCCCACUCUGUCCACGUCAGCGCAAAAACUGAUGCACCUCAGACGCUGAGCACUCGGGUCCCAGAGGCCCAGGCCCCGUUAGCAGCCCAGCAGCAUGUCCAGCGAGCUGCCACUACUCCCACCCAGGUCCAGCAAACUGGGCUCGGGUGCCUGCAGAUCCACUGGGCCCAGUGGCGGAUUGCACUGUUCCAAGUGCAGAGGGCCAAGGCGCAGGAAGCUGGUCUCAUGCACCGGCCUGGGAUAUCCAGCAGAGGGAGCCUCCUGUUGCUGCUGGACGCCCCAGCCCCAUGGAAGCAGGUGAGGGGGAACCUGGGGGGAAUGGGGUGCAGAAGCAACUCUCAAGACCACUGGCCUUUAGAAUCGGCUCAUUUCAGUGGUGGGGAGAGUCCCCCUGGCCCCAGCUUCCAGCUCUGGGUGCAGUGGCCUGGAGGCAGCAGCUGGGCCCCAGGCCUGUCCCUGUGGACGAGACCUGGCUGGCUCUAUGGCAGCCCUGAGACCAGAGGCCUCCAAAGGAAAGUCUACCCGAGGCGACUCGGGAUCCGGGAGGCGCAGGCCCCGGCCAGUGGCCCAGCCCUCUUCCCUGGUCACGAAGUGGUGCCUGGCAGCUGCCUGGCAGCGCUGGGUGGAUGCUCGAGGGACACAGCAGCUGGGACGGACCCUGGUGAGUGGAUGUGGCCCCUCUGA